AUAUAGUGACUUACUUGGUAGGUUCCUUUAGCUAUAAUAUAAAGGGGGGGAAAUAGUAUCAUUAUAGUAUUAUUGGAAUAAGCAACUUAACAGCAAACCUACAAAUACCAACCCUACCAUGUAAUAUGCAAUAGAACGAUACAUUCUGGAAAAAAAAAUCAAAUACCUGCCGAAAAAAUUGAUAAGUAUUGUACCAGAAUUGAUAAAAAAAGAAGCGAUAAAUUCCCAGGUCAUCCUCCAACCCCCCCUGAAGCCCACUCGAGCGGCCGCAGUCCUCCUCAUGGCAGUAAAAGCAGGUGAUUGGCAGCGUUGGGUUCAAGGCGGUUCAAGAUGGCCAAGGUGUGCCCAGGGUGCGAGUGCAACUAUUUCGAGUUCAUUCAGAAAUUCUACAGGGACAACGAGGCCAGCAUCGCGUAUUUGCGAGACCACGGGGUCUUGCCCUUGGAGGUCAUCUGUCCCCGCUGCAAGACCCCGUGCCAUUACCGAGCCGAGAGACACACUUGGUACUGCGGGAAGUACAAGAAGAUCGCCAAGACCAAGAGGAGGAAGCAGUGCCCCUAUUCCGCCAGUGAUUUUAACGGCUCCUUCCUCUCCGGGGCCAGGAUCGAGCCCUACAAGGUCAUGUGUUUCGCCAACCACUGGCUGAGCAAGCAGUGGGACUACCAGACGGUGAGCCAGUGCCUGGGCAUUUCGUUGGCCACGGGGGCAGCAUGGCAGAAAUAUUGCUCGGAGGUGACGGAGCACUGGCUGGAUAACCAGGAGCCGAUUGGUGGACCAGGCAUCGUCGUCGACAUAGACGAGACCCUGUUUGGGAAGAUGAAGUACGAGAAGGGCAAGUCGCUCAGCCAAAUUUGGGUGUUUGGUGGGGUUGAGCGCGACAGCAAGAACUACUUCAUUGUCCCGCUUGAAGAACCUGUAAGUCAGAAUCUGAUGUCACUUAUCCAGAAAUAUAUUCUUCCAGGAACUGUCAUUGUGAGUAACAGGUGGAAUGCUUACAACUCUAUUAAAGACUAUGAUUACGUUCAUCAAGUGAUAAACCACUCUGGGGACUCCAUCGAUGAGGAGAACGCUGAAGCCCACACAAAGAAUGUUGAACUGUUGUGGCGUGAUAUCAAGGAGUGGACCCCAGGACCUGGCAAUCGGCUACAGUUUUACAAACAGUAUUUGGCUCGGCUCCUAUUUGUGCAGCAGCACACCUUUAGCACUGUCAACCACUAUUUCUUCCGUGAGGUUGCAAGAAUGUACCCCCCAGACUUUGAAAAUGAAGAGACGCCUUCUAAUUCAUGCAAUGACGUCCAGAAGGAACACGAUCAUGAGAACAAGGAAUCUGAAGUGUCAGAUUAAGAUGGAGGAAACACAAGGAACACAGAAUGAGGAAAAUCCAACACAGCAAGAGUGUCGAGCAGACUUGCGAGAGAGAUUCUUAUGGGCCGUUACUUCCUUGGUAGGAAAGGAAGCAACUAUCAACAUGCAUGAAAAGACACAUGCUAGUGGGAUAUUCCGUGGUAUCGAUAAAGACAUCCUGAGUAUGCACAUUCAGGACUUGAAAACCCCUUGCAUUGUCUAUCCUCGGGCAAUGAUUCGUGUACCUGACUGCAUGACGGUGCAUUUCAAGUUAUAGCACUGUGUCUUGGCCAUUUACCUGAUAGAUAUAUAUUUGUAUUUGUUAUAAAUAUUUUUUAUUAAAAGAUGAAAAAGUUG